AUGCAUUCAUACGGCAGAAGAGUUUCUCUUCGCGAAUCAUUUAGCGAAAUAUUAUCAAGAAAAUCGCUGGUACCAAAAAGAGUUAUUAGGCUAAAGGGAAAUUAUCUUUUUCGUGCCAUGGUGAGACUUAUCUUUGAAUACAUCGAAUGGUUAACCGAAGAACCCGUGACUGAAGAAAUCAGCGAUGAUGUUGCGGUUAACAUUCGAAUGGCGCAACAGAAAAAGGUUGAGAAAGAGGCGCUCACCUUGCAGGAUCGUUCUGCUUUAUUAACGAAGCCAGAAGAUCGUUCAUCGGACAACAGAAAAUAUAUCUACGAAUUAUUUAAUAAAUUUAACGUAUUUAGGAAGUAUCCUGAUCGUUUGAGGGAAAUUAUAGCAGGAGCGUGUUCUUAUCAGUAUUUACGCCCCGGUCGUGUAAUUGUACGACAAGAUCGCGUGGCAGAAAAUCUUUAUUUUAUUUUAAAUGGAGAAGUUAGCUUAUCGAAAAUAAUUACUGACCGUUGGACUGGUGAAUCGCAAGAAAUUGACAUGGGUACCUUAAAUCCCGGAGAUAUAUUUGGUCAAAUUGCUUUGCUGCAUAGAAUACCAAGAUCGGCAACAGUAGUUUCAAAAACCACGGUAGAUUUGCUCCUUAUUUCUCGGCAAGAUUUCGAUGAUAUAUUGCGACCUACUUUGAAAAAGGAGUGGGAUGUAUUGCAGGAUGCGUUGGUUCAUUUUAAUUACUUCAAAUCCUGGGAUGAGGAUACAAUACGAGAAUGUUGCAUUCUCAGUAGAUUGAAGGACUAUCAACCCGACGAGGUUUUACUAGGAGACGCUAAAGGAAUGGUGAAUUACGUUCAUUUCUUGUUGGAAGGAGAAUGCCGUUUAAUAGAGCACAUGAUUGUUUACGAACAAAAUUCCAUUCAUGGAGUAAAUUAUGAGUUAUACGAUCCCGAUAAGGUAGAUACAAAGAAGGAAACUGUAAGUCUAUCAAGGAGUUUGGAAAUAGCGAAGAAAAUGGACGAAUUGGAAUAUGAAUAUGAAAGUAAGAACGACGCACAUGGUAGUGACGAUUUCGUAGAUUAUGCCCAAUUUGUGGCGUCAUCGAAGCCAAUUGAUAGAAAAAUGGAUUUGGAACGUUCAAGCAUAAUUACGACCGCGCUAUUAGAUGUUGUGAACGAAUGGCAUAAAAUCACGGACGUAGCGGAAAUGUUGAUGAGAGAACCUUCAUCUACGUCUCAACAAUGUUACCCAAGUGACGUACGUACAAUAUUUAUGCAAAUUUGUACAUUCAACAGAGGCGCGUGCUUUGGAGUAGGAGAGAACAUGGCUAAUCGAAGAAUAGUAGCUGUCACACCUGUAAGAUGCUUCUUGGUGCCCCGAUAUUUUUUGAGCGUUCACAAUCGCGCAAAUAUUUGGGAACGUGUCAAAUUGUUCAUGGAUUCAAAAUUUCCUACAAAAGAACGAUUAUUUAAAACAUUCGUUAAGAAUCGCAGAUGGCUAGAUUACAAGAAAACUUUAGUGCAUGAUAUUGGUAAACGAGGUCGACGUAUUCAUAGCAACGUGACAAUGCACGAUGUCCCUUACGCCAUUAGGAUCGUCAAUGAUGUAAGUGUAGAAAUAUAA